AUGACUAUCACAUUGAGCUUGUCGCUAGGCGAUCAGACACUCCAAGGUGCGAUCUGUUUCCAGCACCUCUACUUCUCUUACCCUGUCAUCCGCAAAAAUAUGGUGCUAAAUGGCAUCAAUUUGAAGAUUCCACCAGGAAAAACAGUGGCGCUCGUCGGUCCAAGUGGUUGCGGCAAAAGUACCUCUAUCCAACUGAUCGAGAGAUUCUAUGAUCCAGUUGCUGGACAGGAGCCUGUGCUUUUCAACUACUCGAUCAGAGAGAACAUCGCUUAUGGAAUGGAGAAUGCCACUGCCUCCGAAAUUGAGGAAGCGGCAAAGUUGGCAAACGCUCACGAUUUCAUAGCUAAAUUACCUAAAGGAUACGAUACUGUCGUUGGUGAGGGAGGCAGCAUGCUAUCAGGUGGGCAAAAGCAGCGCGUCGCAAUUGCCCGCGCUGUGAUCAGAAAUCCUAAGAUUCUUCUGCUAGACGAGGCCACCAGUGCUCUGGACACGGAAAGCGAAAAAGUCGUACAAGAAGCUCUGGAGAGAGCGAGAAAAGGAAGAACGUGUGUGAUGGUCGCCCAUCGUCUGUCAUCCAUUCAAAAUGCGGAUCUGAUUGUGGUUAUCAAAGACGGAAAAAUCGAGGUAGACAUGGAUAUAAAUGAGUUCAUGGAUUAUGCGAAUGAGGAGGAGAUAGCCGAUUUCGAUGUUCUCCAAUAA